AUGGAUAUGCUGGAGCAGAGUGCGGAAAGCUCGGCGAGUCACAACAAACCAGAAACCGACGACAUUGAGCAAUUACAGGAAGGAGAAGCAGAGGAUCAGUCAACUGGUGCAAUUUCUGCUGUCUCGCAAGCUGCCUUCGCUGACCACAAUGUCCAGUACCAGUUCCGCACAGAUAGCAGUGGUGGCCAGGUGACCUAUCGUGUCGUUCAAGUGGCAGACGACAACAUCGAAUCGUCCGCAGACGCCGCCGGAGCGGUUAGCGUCGUCUCUACUGCAGCGUUUACGGGCACGCCGCAGGCUGUAAUCCAGAAUCCUUUCAGUAACGGGGGAAGUCCGGUCGGGGAGACGGUCGGAGGAGAGACGCGUUUUGCGUACUUUCCUGCCGCUACCGUCGGUGACGGGACAGCCACAGCCGUGUCAGUGCAAACCACCGCUGACCCGACAAUCACACAAGGGGCAGGUCAAUUCUACGUCAUGAUGACUCCUCCCGAUGUGCUGCAGUCUGCAACCCAACGGACCAUCGCGCCACGCACGCAGACUUACCCAGCAGACCUCGGUGAAAGCGAGAUGUUGCAGCAUGGCAGCACAAACUGGAAAGUGGAGGGUCCACGAGCACCGAGGGACGAAAGACGAAGAGCACAACACAAUGAAGUGGAGAGAAGAAGAAGAGACAAAAUUAACAACUGGAUUGUCACUCUUUCCAAAAUCAUCCCCGACUGCAAUAUUGACAGUAGAACUGGUGCUAGUAAAGGAGGAAUCCUGUCCAAAGCUUGCGAUUACAUCCGAGAACUCCGUCAAAACAACCAGCGGUUGCAGGACAGCUUCAAAGAAGUGGAGCGACUGGAACUGGACAACGAACUGCUUCGACAACAGCUUGAGGAACUCAAGAGCGACAACGCACUCCUUCGAGCGCAGCUACAGCAGCACGGCGUGGAAAUCAACGGCGGCUCGACACCGCAGUGA